GCUCCCCGCCCCGCCACACAUGGAGGCGCCGCCCGCAGGCACCGCGGCGCAGGCGGCGGAAGAUGAGCCUUUCCUGCUGGCGGAGCUGAAGCCAGGGCGACCGCAGCAGUAUGACUGGAAGGCGAGCUGUGAGACAUGGAGCGUUGCAUUUUCCCCAGACGGCACCUGGUUCGCCUGGUCUCAGGGUCACUGUAUCGUCAAGCUGAUCCCCUGGCCCUUGGAGGAAGCUGAUCUAAGCUGCAAAGCCUCUGAACGCAAGACCCGCGGCAUCAAAGCCGAUGUGAGAGGCGGAGGGGGCUCGAAGGAGAAGAUGCUGGAAUGUGGCCAGAUUGUAUGGGGUCUGGCCUUCAGCCCCUGGCCUCAGUCUGGCGCCAAGGAGCGGGACGGCCUGCCGGCUCCGGGUCGGUCCUGUCUGAUCCUUGCCACGGGACUCAAUGAUGGGCAAAUUAAAGUCUGGGAGGUGCAAACAGGGCGUUUGCUUUUCAAUCUCUCCGGGCACCUGGAUGUCGUGAGGGACCUGAGCUUCGCUCCCAACGGAAGCCUGAUUCUAGUCUCUGCAUCCCGGGACAAGACCCUCCGCAUCUGGGACCUGAGCAGAGAUGGUGCUAGUAAGCAGGUCCAGGUGCUGUCUGGCCACAGACAGUGGGUGUACUGCUGCUCCAUUUCCCCUGAUUGCAGCAUGCUGUGCUCUGCGGCUGGAGAGAAAUCGGCCUUCCUGUGGAGCAUGCGCUCCUACACCCUCAUCAGGAAGCUGGAAGGGCACCAGAGCAGCGUGGUGUCAUGCGACUUCUCACCAGACUCUGCCCUGCUGGUCACGGCCUCCUACGACACCUGCGUGAUCAUGUGGGACCCCUACACAGGGGAGCAGCUGAGAAUGCUUCGCCACGUUCCGCUGCCCCCAGCGUUGGACUAUGGCGGUGACAUCCAUGCCAGCUCCCUGAGAUCCGUGUGCUUCUCUCCAGAAGGCUUGUAUCUUGCUACAGUGGCAGAUGACAGACUCCUGCGGAUCUGGGAUUUGGAACUAAGAACUCCAGUGGCAUUUGCACCUAUGACCAAUGGCCUGUGCUGCGUCUACUUCCCACAUGGUGGAUUUAUUGCCACAGGGACGAGAGAUGGCCACGUCCAGUUCUGGAGUGCCCCCAAGGUCCUCUCAUCACUUAAGCACUUGUGCCGUAAAGCUCUCCGCACCUUCCUAACAACGUACCAGGUCUUAGCACUACCCAUUCCCAAGAAAAUGAAAGAGUUCCUCACUUACAGGACUUUUUAAACCCCAUGUAGUUCAUGGGGUCCAAAGAACCCUGGGGCUGGCUGGCUGGCUUCCUUCCUUCAGAGCUUUGUUCUGGAAAGGAGGAGCAGCUGGGGUUAUAAAAUGGUCAUGAAGACCCACUCUGCUCUGUGGUUCUAGUACAAGGAGGAUUUGUGUUCCUCUGUUUGGGGCUGUUUCUUUGACCAUGUAGGUUAUUUUAAGAAGAAAACCCAGCAAAAACAUGCAGUGGGCUAGCUGAUUGAGCUUUGAAUUUGUUAGAACUCAACUCUGAUGAGGAGCAAGACUUCUACUCAAGUGAUCCAUCGACGCUGAUGGCUGUGCAGGGCAUUUGGUUCAGAAGGGCCCUGCUAACAGCAACACACAUUUCGGUUCUCUCUAGGUGCUUUCACUUCAAGUGCAAUUGCUGAACAUUGUGUGUUAAAAGCUAGAGGGCUGUGAGAAGCCCUCACCGGUAUGGCAGCCCAAACUCAAACCUCCACUUGGACGAAUGAGAAGCUGCGUGGCCUAGUUGAGUUACUCAAGGAGGCAGUGGCUUUCACGUUUGUUACUUUCUUUGGCCUGGUUCCAAGACGGCUGAACCUGAACAAGUCUCUACAUUGUGGGCAAAGACUUCAAAAGAAAAGGUUUUGUUUCCCCCUUUUGUGUUUGAAGAGUCAGAGAUGCUCCCUCUAGAGCCAUUUUGUGGGUGACAAAAGUACAAGGCACUGAGGGAGCCCCAGAUGUUUAGUCGCAGGGGCCUCAUGUGGAGUGAGAUUGAGGUCUUAACUUUGAGGGGUGAAAGAUCCCCUUAAUACUAGUGUGGCUGCCAGUCUAAAAUUGGCUUGAUCAGUUCAUUUGCCGGAGACACAAGACACUAGCAAAGUACUUGUGGUUUGGUUAUAUGGUGUAAGGCAUGGCUUUCUCCCCUGUGUGUAGUGGAGAGAUGAACACCUUACGGACAGUUACUGGGGGUGUUGGGAGGUGGUCUGCUGCUGGUCUGUUUUUGUUAAAGUGGUUUCAACUUUGGGCAGCUUUUUAUUUGUAUCCCAAUGGCAUACACUAAUUGUGGCAGAGCCUGGCUAGUUUGCAUUAUGGGGGAGGUCAAGCAUGAGCUUGUGAAUUUUGCAAAUGUGUGAGGGGGGAAUAUAAUAACAACCAGUAACUACCAGAGCUGAUUUGUUCACUUAAUUUGACAAGUCUAGUUACUGAAUCCAGUGUGCUAUCCUAGUAAAUGUUCUGUGGGCUAGUUUGUAAGAGUGGUGAAUUCUUGGCACUAUGGCAGAGACAGCAGAUGACCAGUUUUUUAUGCCGAUGACAGGGCUCUAUUGUCCUGCUCUCGUGCUUCUUGCUCACUUUCUCUCCAGCCAAAGUACUGCUUUUGGGAGUCUAGUUUCCAGGGAGUUUUCCAGCCAGGGCUAAUGACUCAUGUGUACUGUAUCAAGGGGGGGAAGGAGGAGAACGAUGCUGUCUCUCAUACGCCUCCAUUUCAUUUGGGCUAGUUUCUGGCAGCAGUAACAGCACAUGCUUUAUUGUAAUUGCUCCAUUCCCCCUUUGUAUCACUACCCCUGUAUCUAGUGCCAUACAACUGGCAGGGCCAUAGAAGCUACUUCAGAAUGCAUGGCAGUGACUGACAGGACAGGCUAAUAACUUCCCCUUGAAACUAGGGGGAGACUCUCCCUUUUUAGAAAAAUUAAAUCACCUAUAAAUUGGAAUCCAGCUUUGAGACAAAGCUUUUAAUAUCCCUAUAUCUUGCAAAAAUACCCCCCAAAUCUUUAGUGCCAUUGGACUUUCUAUUAAUGAGCACAAGUGAUCGCAUGGGUUAGCUGAAAGAUAGCUGUCCACAACCUGCUGCUGUAAUACUAAAACAAAGGAAAAUGUGGCACCACUCAGCUUGGGUGAAGUUAGGUCUGAGCCAGCGAACUUAAAACCAAUGUGUUAAAAGUUCUGAAUGGGAGGUCACUAAAGGAUCACAGCAGCAAAAGA